AUGGAGACGUUUCAACGGUCAGUUGCCUCGAGGCCUACUGGAGCCGACCUUUCGAAACAAUACCUUCGCCUGUCCAACCGUUUAGUGGUCACGGAUACUGGUGCAAUUCUAGCCGGGUCGUCUCUAGGUUCAUCCUCGGGUUUGUCUCUAAGUUCUUCGAAGGGAUUCGCGUCGCAAUGGGUCUGGAAGUCCGCCACCUGGCGCCUGCUGCUGCUGCUAAUUCCGGCGAUCUUUAUCGGGCAAUCUCUCUUGUCCAACCGUUCCUCGCAGUAUCUCGACGCCGAAGGAGCGGAAAACGCGAUAUCUGCGGUAGAUGCUAUUGGAGCGGCAGGAACGGCGCCAAUCGCGGCGGUCGCCGCGGCGCGAGGCUCCUUCGCGUCCCGUGCUAUCCGCGCGGAUGGCGGCGGUGAGAGCACUCUCACGGGUCGCUUGACUGGAAGCGGCACAGGCGGCGAUAACAAUGCGAAUCCAGAGCAGCAAAAGCAGCAGGAUGAGUGGCAGCAACAGCAGCCGCAGCGGCGGCGGCAGCGGCGGGAGCGGCGGGAGCGGCAGCUAAGAGAAGAGCCGUUUGGGCUCAGGCUGUCACAGGUGCAGCAACAAGUGUCGGGCCCACAGCCGCACCUACAGCAGCCUCAGCCACAGCAGCAGCAACAACCGCAUCAGCAGCAACAGCAGCAGCAGCAGCAGCCGAUCUCCAUGAUAGCCCUCACAGCAUCGAGCUCUGCAGACGAGGCAAGCACUGGCGAGACCUCCGCCACAUCCGCCGCCAUCCGCGCAGAAACCGCUGUACCCGCAGCAGCACGGCUGCAUGGGGAAUCUGGUGGCAAUGUUGCUGAUCAUGCCAAUAACAAAUCCGAUGCUGAGGGCGAACCCAGUGCUAAUCCGUAUUCCAGUGCCGAUCGCGGUGGUGAUGGGGGCAAUGCAAGCAGUGCAAAAGGUCAACGCGGUGAAAGCGGAGCACGUAGUAGAAUCAAGGGUUCGCAGCGGUUCUACAUGGUGACGGGCGAGGGCGACUACUGCGCGGGCGAGUCGCACUGGACGUGGAGCUUCCUGUGCGCCGCGGCGGAGGCGAGGCUGCUCAACCGCACGCUCAUCAUCCCCAUGGCCAGGUGCCUGGAUGCACGACAUACCUUGUCCAAUCUGACGGAGGAGAAACCGAUGGCGCUGUACUAUGAUAUGGAUCACUGGCCGAGCAUCCAGCCCAUAAUGCUGGACCUUCUGUUCGAAAUCAACAUAGGGCCGCUGAACGUGACGAUUCUGAGGGAGAGGCACAACAUGAGCGUGCGGGAGUUUCAAGCAACGGAGCCCACGAGCAGGCUGGAGAGCGAGGAUGCGCGCAGUGCCACGCUCAUCGUGCGCAAUGCACGGUUCGCCUUCCAAAUGUGCACUGAACGCGGGGAUGAGCGGCGUCUGGAGCGCAAUUACAAUCUGGUCAAGCGCCCCGUGUACCUAUGGCGGCUGGCAGAGGCCAUUCGGCAGAGCAUGGGUGGUGAUUAUGACGUUGUGCACGUGCGGCGAGGGGACAAGCUCAACCCCCGCUUCUGGCCGCACCUCGACCGGGAUACCCGCCCUGAUGCCCUCUUGAAAAGGCUCCCGCGGUUCAUAGCGCCGGGGCGCCACGUGUACAUAGCGUCGAACGAGCGCACGCCGGGCUUCUUCAGCCCGCUCGCCUCGCUCUACAAGAUCCAUGUGCUCUCCGACCACCGCCACCUCUGGGCGCCGGGGAGCCGCUGUUACAAGGAGUGCCAAGCGCUGAUUGAGAGACAAGGGUUGAGACUGGGAGAGGAAGGACCUGUGUUUGACGCUCAGAUGCAGGUGGGUGGUGGGCAUGGGCGGGAGGUGGUGGAGGGGGGUUGUGUGGGAGUGGGGAGGGUCGGUUGGGGAAGGAGGGUGCGGUAG